UAGAGCUGUGCUCGAUGACAACAAUCCCGCUCCUUAGGCGUAACCAGCGGAGCGCAGAACGUUGUCUAGGGUGAAGAAGUCGACCCCAGAUGCAUCGAUAUUUUCUCAAUCCUGAACGCUUAAAACCAGUGUUUUAUGCUGAGCAGCAGACCGGGCACUAAGCACAUGAUGGGAGGUGUAUUUUCUACACAGGUUCCUGGGCUACUGUGCGGCUUUUAUUCAAAAAUCACCAUUCCGGAGGACAAUCUGAUCUGCUCAGCACAAGCAUCUUACAAGGAGGGCGGCCAACAGGACUUAUGUCGGGUUUAAGAUAGUGAACUAAAGGGGCCGGUUAUGGCUCAUGGAAAGAAGCCAGCAACCAUAUCCAAAAUAUUGGCUCCCGGCCCUUCAUCGUGCCCCGGUCCAGGACUUACAAAACCGAGCCGAGACGAGCAGCAGGGUUUGGUGAGAGAGGCGUCUGAGCAACCCCCCUGUGCCCCGAAGAAUGAGAAGAAUGACCAGCUGACUCCUCCUGUCUCUGCAAACCGCUAUUACAUGAGUUGCGACCCCAGUCCCGAGGAGAUGGAAGACACCUGCUCUGAGUACGACAACGUGGGCUCUGACGUCGAGCAGGACUAUGACGAGGUCCUGCACCUGAACCGACAGGGCGUCGUGGACAUGAGGUAUUACAAACAGUACUGUCCUGAGGAUGGUGGCUACAUAAAGCACGCAGUAGAUGACAAUAUCAAUGAGGCCCCCAGACCUCAACAUAGCACAGAAAUAUGUGAGGGGUCGCAAUCAGAGGGUAAGCCGUACAAGGUGGGCCAUCGCUUUAGGUCACACUGUGCCCCGAUUCCUGGGGAAGAAGCAGAAGGGGGAGUGAAGAAGGGCCAAGAGGACAGGUUCUUCUACAGCGAUGUGGACGAGACAGAAGUGGUGCUGGAUGGGGCCAAAUUCAUAGAGGAUUUAGAAGAGACGGAAAAUAGUGUUCCGAGGCAGACUAGCCUUUAUCAGGGCAACGACAAUGAAAGAAUUAGACAGAAAGCUGAAGAAAGGGAAAGAGAAGAUGACACCCGAGUGACCAGAAAGCAUAGUAUCCCAGGAGCUGGUAGGAAUUGCGAAUCCUCUCACAUGGGCUCGAAGGAGAGGGAGAGGCAGGGCAAAGGACGAGGAAGGAGGGGAACAGGAGAGGACAGCGAGCAUAUUGUCUCUGGGAUCAAAGGAUGCGUGACCAACAGCACCGAGCAGCGUCCAAAGACUGCGUCCAAAGACUGCAAAAAGGCUGCAGUGAGGAUCAAAGCUAGGCCCGGCUCCAACAAGCAACAUCCUCCUCCACCGCCUCGUCAUUCCCAUGCUCAGACACCGGCCGACACCAAGAAGGCCCAGCCCCAUAGAGAAACCCCUCCUGCUCCUGCACCGAGUCCCUCCGCUACCAACAGCCGGGAGAGUGACCCCAGAGUUGUCAAACCAUCCCUGGCUCCUCAUCACACACCUGAACCACAGAGGGAGUCUCUGGAGGAGAGGCAGAGACGGCCAGAGCCGCCCCAGCAGCAGGCUGAGAAGAUGAGCACGGCGGUGAUUCCCGAGGAGGUGGCGCCAGAGCAGCCGAGGAGGCCCCAGUGUUCGGAGCUCGCCCCUGCAGAAGAGAGCGACACUUCCAAAAAAACACAGGAAGCUGCUUCUUUCCCCAGCUUUGAGGAUGUUCCAGGUCCCUGUGAGCCAGAGGAUCUCAUUGAUGGGAUCAUCUUUGCUGCUAACUACCUUGGCUGCACUCAGGUGUUGUCUGACAAAAAUCCAUCCAAGUCCGUCCGCAUGUCCCAGGCCCACGAAGCCGUCAGUCGUAUCAAGAGCCAAGAUGAAGACUCUCAGAUUAUGACAGAAGUGGACUUGUUUAUCUCCACCAAAGCUGUCAAAGUCCUGAACGCUGAUACACAGGAGACUAUGAUGGACAGUGCCUUGAGGACCAUUUCUUACAUCGCAGACAUUGGCAGCAUUGUGGUUCUGAUGGCACGGAGACGCAUGUCUCAGGCCUCAUCCGAGGAUUUCUCUGAAUCGUCCGACUCUAGCGAGGGGAAGAGUCAGUACAGGAUGAUCUGCUAUGUCUUUGAGUCAGAGGAUGCGCAGCUAAUUGCACAGUCCAUUGGUCAGGCUUUUAGCGUGGCCUACAGAGAAUUUCUGCGAGCCAACGGCAUCAACCCGACCGACUUGAGCCAGAAACAAUACAGUGACAUCAUCAACUCCCAGGAAAUGUACCACGAUGACCUCGUCCAUUUCUCAAACUCAGACAACUGUAAAGAGCUCUACGUGGAGAAACAGAAGGGGGAGAUCCUCGGUGUGGUGAUAGUGGAGUCUGGCUGGGGCUCCAUCCUGCCCACUGUGAUCUUGGCCAGUAUGCUGAACAGCGGCCCUGCAGCUCGCUCUGGGAAGCUCAGUGUGGGGGACCAGAUCAUGUCCAUCAAUGACACCAGUCUGGUGGGGCUGCCGCUGGCCACCUGUCAGGGUAUCAUCAAGGGUCUGAAGAAUCAGGUGAAGGUGAAGCUGAGCAUCGUGAGCUGUCCCCCUGUCACCACCGUGCUCAUCAAGAGGCCUGAUCUCAAGUUCCAGCUCGGCUUCAGCGUUCAGAACGGCAUUAUCUGCAGUCUGAUGCGGGGCGGCAUUGCUGAGCGAGGCGGCGUCCGCGUCGGACACAGGAUCAUUGAAAUAAAUGGCCAGAGCGUUGUUGCCAUGCCGCAUGAGAAGAUUGUUCAAACCCUGUCUGUCUCAGUGGGCGAGAUCAACAUGAAGACGAUGCCCGCUGUGAUGUUCCGACUGCUGACGGGACAGGAGACGCCCGUCUACAUAUAGAGACCCUGCAUGGAUCAGCCCACUGUUGUACUGCAUGUCUGGCCGCGUGGUGACGAUAAGACAGGUGGCUCAGUGGGACGAGGAGAAUUUAUUUUUCUAUCAUUUUAUUUUUUGGCCUCUCGUUGCGAUACUGUAAGGAACAUCCGGUUCUCAUUUUCAGGUUUUAUCUUGAAUUACAUUGUCAUAAUGGCCUUACUAUGUGAAUACUCUGUCUGUAGUACUGUACGUGAGUUUCUGGUGUUGAAGAGAAGUAGCUUUAUGGUCAUGAUUAUUUUCUUAUGAAGAGAUAAAGUAGUACAUUUAUUUUUUAUUUAGUCAUUUUUAUAAUGUGUAUGGAGUUUAAAAUUGUACUUCUACUGUAAAUACUUUGGAUUACUCAAGGACUUGUUGGAAAGGCCAUAUUACUCCUACAGUAUAUGCAUGUGACUAUGAAGAAUAACUGACCAGGGAUUUGUUCUGAUUCUGACAUGAUAAUCUAUUACAGUAAGUAUUAAAAGAUGAUCAUUAUAAUAGGCUGUACAAAGGCACUAAACUCUGAGUAUUAUGGCGACGCUGAAGGCCAAAGACCCACCUACUUUCUCCAAGACAUACAGUACGGUUGAUCAUUACCUUUACCUGAGCGUACAAGAAUGUAUCCACAUUACUGGAUGAAUGUAACGUUAAAACACACAAAAAAUACAAUCUCACUGCAGAACA